UCGCUUCCCACUCCCUUCUCCCUUCCUUCCCCCCUCCCCGCCCCGUCGGCUCUGGUCUAGACGUCAUUACUGACGCGACGACUUUCUCCCCCAAGUCUCCUUAACCCAGGGGCAUCGGAGAAGAUGGCGGCCUUGACUGGAAUCCGUGUGCUUAGCCGGGCGCUUGUGGUGACCCCGAACCUUGGGACCUGGAGGGGUCUGAUGACCACGGCUGCUGUCCGAGCUACCCCGCGGAGUGCGGUAGAUGAUGUGAAGGUGGAAGGGGCAUUCCCUGUCACUAUGCUGCCUGGUGAUGGUGUGGGACCUGAGCUCAUGCAUGCUGUCAAAGAAGUCUUCAAGGCAGCCAGUGUCCCUGUGGAGUUUCAGGAGCAUCAUCUGAGUGAGGUGCAGAACAUGGCCUCAGAAGAGAAGCUAGAGCAAGUGCUGAGCUCCAUGAAAGAAAACAAAGUUGCUAUCAUUGGAAAAAUUCACACCCCAAUGGACACAGAGUACAAAGGGGAUUUGGCCUCUUAUGACAUGCGGCUCAGGCGUAAGCUGGACCUCUUUGCCAAUGUCGUUCAUGUCAAGAGCCUUCCAGGAUACAAGACUCGACACAACAACCUGGACUUGGUGAUCAUCCGUGAGCAGACUGAAGGAGAAUAUAGCUCCCUGGAGCAUGAGAGUGCCAGAGGUGUGAUUGAAUGUUUGAAGAUUGUCACUCGUGCUAAGUCCCAGCGAAUCGCCAAGUUUGCCUUUGACUAUGCCACCAAGAAGGGCCGAGGGAAGGUCACAGCUGUGCACAAGGCCAACAUUAUGAAACUAGGUGACGGGCUAUUCUUGCAGUGCUGUGAGGAGGUGGCUGAGCUAUACCCCAAGAUCAAGUUUGAGACCAUGAUCAUAGACAACUGUUGUAUGCAGCUGGUGCAGAAUCCAUACCAGUUUGAUGUGCUCGUGAUGCCCAAUCUCUAUGGAAACAUCAUUGACAACCUAGCUGCAGGUUUGGUAGGGGGUGCAGGCGUGGUUCCUGGUGAAAGCUACAGUGCAGAAUAUGCUGUUUUUGAAACAGGCGCAAGGCAUCCAUUUGCCCAAGCUGUGGGUAGGAAUAUUGCCAACCCCACUGCCAUGUUGCUAUCUUCCAGCAAUAUGCUGAGGCACCUCAAGUAUGUCCUGGGACUGUGUGUGUGUGACAGAGGGACUCUGAGGGAGGCCACAUGGGGCAGAGGUUGCGUGAGGGAGCGAGACACCCCUAGUUUGGAGGGGUUGCAUCAGUUAGUUCUUUCUUUUCUUCUGGGACAGCCUGGAGUAUCACUCCAACAUGAUUGCUGAGGCUGUGAAGAAGGUGAUAAAAAUGGGCAAAGUGAGUAUGGAUUGGCUAACUAACCCUCUGCAGUCAUUCCCCUGCCCACCCAAGGAGUGCCAGGAUGUUGCUAUUCUGGCUCCCCGGCUCCCAGCCUGGGUUAAGCACACCCUGGCACUCCCCCUCAGCAGCAUCCUGGCUUGCCCUCUGGUUAUUCCCUCACCCCUCUUCACCUUGCUGGUGCUCUUGCUUCCCCUUGGAUUGCUCUUAUACUUUUCCUUGUUCCCAUGUCUCACAUCUCUUCUUGCUCAGCCCACCAAAUGGUGGGCUCUGAGGAUCAGAUGAAAUUAACUGACUUCCUUUGUACACCUAAAAGAACCUUAUAAAUGCCAACUUCUCUCUGGGCCAUCCUUCACCCCAUCCUCCAUCUCUUGUGUUUCCUCAACUCUUUCCCCAUUCUUUCAUCUCUUCUUGGCACUUCCAUCUUUCCUCAGGUCGCCUUCCCACCCCUCCAUUAUCAUUCUCCCUUCUUUUGCCCACCCUCCACACUCACUAGCCAUCUUUUCCCUUCUUGUUCCUGGUGGCUUUGUCACUGGAUGUAGGUUCGGACUCGGGACAUGGGCGGCUACAGCACCACGUCUGACUUCAUCAAGUCUGUCAUCAGCCACCUGCACCCCCCUCAUGGGGGCUAGAACCUCUCCCCAUUUCCUUAUCUUGCCCUUGACCAGAGUCCCUGGACAAGUCCCAUUGUUCUCACCCCCCUGCUUCCAUAAAAUGGACCACUUGGAGGAACUCUGCCCCAUUCCAUUCCAUGGGACAAGAUCUCUUUAUCUACAGCUGUUUGUGCUUUUGUCUCAAUAAAAACCACGACCAGAGUCAGGAUCCUUUGUGCCAUCCCUCCCAAUUUAACCUGGGGCUUUUGGUGGAACAAUCCCCUAUCAGUAUGGGGGAAGGUAUUAAAAAUUUUGUUUUGGGAACAGAAAUGGGAGGAGGGCCUGAGGGGAGGAAGAGAUCCAAGAAAUUCUCUUGGGUCUAAGGUUAAAUUAUUACCCCCUUUUCCCUCACAGGUACGCACCCCGGACAUGGGUGGCUAUGCCACCUGCCGGGAUCUCACCCAGGCCAUCAUUAGUAGCCUGUCUACCCCACAAGCAUCCUGAUAAAUCUGGGAGAAGAAAUAAAUUAAACCAAGGUAGCA